CGUGCAUAUAUUAUAUAACAUUGGCUAAAUACAGAUUGUUUGUUAAACAAGUGACAAGAGGAGAAGUGAAAAUAACGGAGGGAAUGAGACACAUUCAUUGCGAGAUUUGAGAGAAACGCGAGACUUUGUUGGUAUCCAUGGAAACGUCUGAGGCAUUCCGUUGUGUGAAGCGAAGGAGAGGCGGAAGCAGGGAGGAAAAGCUUUUGGCAUCGCUUUCGUUCUGGUGAUGUUUUGCUCUCCAGAGAGCGUUUUACACGAUGGACCUGCCGGAGACGAUUAGAAAGCGCUUGGAGGAUUUUUCACGGAACGUAUUAUUUGACCAAAGUCGAACUCAGCCUUUCACAAAAGAGAACGACACGUUUUUGCGACACGACAAGCAGGUUCUGUCAAGUCUCCACCUCCAGAUGUCUCUGUACUUUAACAUGUGGUUCUUCCCCUGGUGGUGGAUCAGUGAAAUUGUGAUGCUUCAACUCAAGUAUCCUGUCUUACCGGACUACUACAAGUUCAUUCUCGUCACCAUUCUCAUCGUGAUGACCCUGAUUGAGGCCAUUAGGCUUUAUCUUGGUUAUGCUGGGAACUUACAAGAGAAGGUCCCAGAAUUGGCUGGAUUUUGGCUGCUGAGCAUCCUUCUGCAGUUUCCAUUAAUCCUGUUUUUGCUCUUCAAUGAAGCCACUCUCAUUCAGCCCCUGGAGAGGGGUGUUCACAUCGUUCUUGCCACAUUCAUACUAACGCAGGCCCUCUCUGGCUUUGUGGCACUCCGGGACAUGGUCAGACACACAGAAAGGCAAUUUCAUAUCCGACAGUUUGACUAAAAGCUGAAACCGUAGUUUGUGUUUCUGUAUUGUUUGGAUGCACCAGGACCAUUCAUUAUGUCACAUCUCCCAGGGUUGGGAUUGACAAGAAAAAUGUUUUAAUGUACCUACAUGUACAAAACAUUUAUGUAUAAAUGGUACAUAGACUAAUCUCUGACAGAAAAAGGGAAAUUGUAUUUAUUUUUGUAUUUGAUUUGCAAUUGUCAUUUUGCUGUUUCACAGUGAAUAAAGUAAAUUAAAACACA